AUGCUUUUCAAGUUACCUCACAAUGCCUAUGGCGUGGUUGUAGAUAUGGGUUACCAAGCAACGAGACCUGUGGGGAGAAAGAGGGAUGGGUUACCAAGCAACGACACCUGUGGGGAGAAAGAGGGAAGGAUUACCAAGCAACAUGACCUGUGGGAAGGAAGAGGGGUGGGUUACCAAGCAAGGAGUCCUGCUGGAAGGAAGAGGGAGGGUUACGAAGCAAGGAGUCCUGCUGGGAGGGAGAGGGAGGGUUACCAAGCAAGGAGAACUGCUGGGAGGAAGAGGGAGGGUUACCAAGCAAGGAGACCUGCUGGGAGGAAGAGGGAGGGUUACCAAGCAAGGAGUCCUGCUGGGAGGGAGAGGGAGGGUUACCAAGCAAGGAGACCUGUGGGGAGGAAGAGGGAGGGUUACCAAGCAAGGAGUCCUGCUGGGAGGAAGAGGGAUGGUUACCAAGCAAGGAGUCCUGCUGGGAGGAAGAGGGGUGGGUUACCAAGCAAGGAGACCUGCUGGGAGGAAGAGGGAGGGUUACCAAGCAAGGAGACCUGUGGGGAGGAAGAGGUAUGGGUUACCAAGCAAGGAGACCUGUGGGGAGGAAGAGGGAGGGGUUACCAAGCAAGGAGACCUGCUGGGAGGAAGAGGUAUGGGUUACCAAGCAAGGAGUCCUGCUGGGAGGAAGAGGGAGGGUUACCAAGCAAGGAGACCUGCUGGGAGGAAGAGGGAGGGUUACCAAGCAAGGAGUCCUGCUGGGAGGAAGAGGGAGGGUUACCAAGCAAGGAGACCUGCUGGGAGGAAGAGGGAGGGUUACCAAGCAAGGAGACCUGCUGCUGGGAGGAAGAGGGAGGGUUACCAAGCAAGGAGACCUGCUGGGAGGAAGAGGGAGGGUUACCAAGCAAGGAGAGUUUGCCACCAGCAGAGGUGUCAGGGCCUGGUCAAGAACUCCAUAAGGGCUAA